GGGGACGAGCGGGGGGAGCGGCUCGGUGGAAGGGAAGUGUGUGUGUGUGUGUGUGUGUGUGCGGGGGGGGGGUGAAUGAAUAACGAAGGGGGAACGGCUCAGAAAGGGCGGGGUGGCCGGGCGGGGGAAAGCCCCCUCCCCCCUUCUUCACCGGGGUGGGAGAGCCCGGGUGCUCGGCGGGCAGGGGGCUGCGGUCCCCGCUCCCGCGGGCGGGAAGGAGCGCGGGGGGGGGGGCGGGCGAAGAGCUCCACGCCCCGCCCCCGGCCGCCGCCGCCGCCGCCGGCAGACUCAGCCCCCGUCCAGCCUGGGCGCCGCGGCGGCUGCGCUUCGCUCCCCUCUUGCCCUCCAAAGGGGCUCCGCAGCCUGGACUCGCGGCCCGCAGCGGGCGGGAAGCAGAGGAGGACGCGGGUGUCCCCGCCGCACAGCAGAUUUGAGAUCAUAUACUUUCAAUAUGGGAAGGAGGAGAAUCUUGAAGGCUUGUUGAGCCAUGGAAAUGAUGUGUUCAAUCUGGAGAUGGAGGCAGAUGCAGACGUGCUUAUGCUGGGCUUUCUAUCUAAAGGCACUCCGCCAUGGUACAUGUCUGAGUAGACUAAGAAAAGACUGUCAUGAAAAGACAGCCAGGAUUACAUCACUCCAUAGUACCCACAGCUUCAGUACAACAUGAAGGUGUCUUCCUUGGUUAAACAUCAUCUUUAAAAGGAAACAUGGAUCCCAUAAACUCAACUGAACAAAAUUACACAUCAGAAGAACUAUUUAAAACAGUGACAUCAAAGAUUCUUGUUUCAUUUACUCUUUCUGUGCUGGCACUAAUGACAACGGCCAUCAAUUCUCUAGUGAUGACUGCAAUAAUUGUGACAAAGAAGCUCCAUCACCCUGCCAACUAUUUAAUCUGCUCCCUUGCAGUCACUGAUUUUCUAGUUGCAGUCCUAGUGAUGCCCUUCAGCAUUGUGUAUAUUUUGAAGGAGACCUGGAUCAUGGGACAAAUAAUGUGUGACGUUUGGCUAAGCGUUGACAUUAUGUGCUGUACCUGUUCUAUCUUGCAUCUCUCUGCUAUUGCUUUGGAUCGGUACCGAGCAAUCACAGAUGCUGUGGAGUAUGCCAGGAAAAGAACACCAAAACACGCAGGCAUCAUGAUUGCAGUGGUAUGGAUCAUAUCCAUUUUUAUCUCUAUGCCUCCUUUGUACUGGAGACACCAGACAACCAGCAAAGAUGAUGAAUGCAUCAUCAAACACGACCACAUAGCUUUCACUAUUUACUGCACAUUUGGAGCCUUUUACAUCCCACUGGCAUUGAUUCUGAUCCUUUAUUAUAAAAUCUACAAAGCAGCAAAGACAUUUCACAGAAGGAGUGUAAGCCGCAUUGUAAGAGAGGAGAUAAAUGGACAAGUCCUCUUGGAACCAGGUGAGAGAAGCACCAAAUUGGCUUUGACGCACUACACAACAGAUAAAACAUCUGAUCCCUCGGCAGACUUGGAUAAAAUCCAUAUCACAUUGCGAAGCCCUAAAUCAGAGUCCAAGCAAGAGAAAACCUGGAAAAAACAAAGAAUCUCCAGCACGAGAGAAAGAAAGGCAGCAACUACCCUGGGCUUGAUUUUGGGCGCAUUUGUGAUCUGCUGGCUCCCCUUUUUUGUAAAGGAAGUUGUUGUCAACACCUGUGAAAGAUGUCACAUUUCAGAAGAAAUGUCCAAUUUCCUGACAUGGCUGGGAUACAUCAAUUCUCUUAUUAACCCACUAAUCUAUACAAUCUUUAAUGAAGACUUCAAGAAAGCAUUUCAGAAGCUUGUGCAAUGCAAGCAAUGACAGAGUAUUUGGUCUUCUAACACUGAACCUGAAAAGAGAUUCUUUUAAAAUGUAUAUAAUUUAUAAGACUUCUAAAGAGAGACAUUUGUUGUGUUUAGGAAAGACAUACACAUUCCUUUUUAUCAGUUGCACCUUGCCAUGUAAGCUGUAAAAAGAGACAGAUUCUCUGUGGUCAAUGUUGUGCUAGGAAAGGAGAGGUUCUGUAUGGCCCCAAUCCUGUAUAGAGACUUACGCAGCUGCUUAGCUUUAAGCACACAAGUAGUCUCAGUCAACCACUUACAUGCUUAAAACUAAGCUCAUUCAUAAGUCUUUGCGGGAUCAGAGCCUAAAACGUCACUCGCUGCUCAUACUACAAGGCUAAAUGCUGCGUUGCUUUGCGUAGGCAAAACUUACUGCCAUUGAUGGGUGUUUUGAUCAAGUAAAACACAGCCAGGAUUUGGUCCAUAAAGCAUUUGUUAAAAAGGGAGAACACCCCUUUUCAUUAAGGGCUUGAUCAUACCAUUUAGGCACAGGUCUGCAGUGGGGGCAGUGUGGAGCCACCUUGUCCCACCCUAGGCAGGGGCCACUCUUAGGAUAUGCAUCAUCCUGCCAGAGCCUGCUGGGGUGCAGCUAUUGCGCUGACUCCUCACACCGCCCUUUGGGAUGAAGUGCACCUGCAGGCAAGCACCACUGCCCCCUUGCAGCACAGCAGGCUCUCCAGCUGUCCACGCGCCUCGGCAAAGGUAGUCCACUGAGAACAAGCGUUUGUGUGAUCUCCAUGGUCUCUCACACAAAGGACAGUUGCAGUCUUGACCUAGAUAAGAUGAACAGCCAGCCAGAGCGCCUAGGAUAAGGGGAGUACAGUUCCUUGUUUAAAUGGUGACAAGUAGCAGCAACCCAAGGGUCUCUAAAGUGUCAGAUUGCAGCUGGCCACGGUCUGGGGGUGCAAGUGGCAAGGAAGGUGUAAAAUGCCUCCCUGCUUGAGCCUCCUUCCCCACUGACAGGCACAGCCCCAGCCCAGGGGCGCUGCAACAAUUUUUAUAGUGAGGAUGCAAGAGCCAUUGAACCAAAAUGUAAACCCCAUAUAUGAUGGAAUCCAUGUCAAGCUCAGGUGUGCGGCAGCACCCCUCGUUCCAGCACCUAGGGUACGCAGGGAAACUACCACCCCUGAAAGACUGUUAGUUGCACCCCCAAUGCAGGUCUGUGGCAAAAGCCACAACAGAGCCCCUUGUUAGACUGUUUUAAAAACUUCAGACCAGUGGCUCAUACCCUUUCAGGACUAAAUAUACCCGUAUGCCAGGCUAAGCCAUUGGCUUUAUUAGCCUGUGUUCACUGCCUACCACAUCCAAUUGUGUCUUCUAACUGCCACUGGAACUUGGGCUACUGCUAAUGUCAAAGGCAAGAGUGCAAGCAGCAGCUAGCUAGCACAGGCCACGGUAGUUUAGGACAUCUGUUACAAAAGCCUGAAGUACAGUACUUGGUACCCAUACCCUUGGUUUGAAGAACUGUUGCUUCUAUAAAGCAUUGCUCAUCUUUAAUUUUAAGAGACAUAUUGCACUUAAAGUAUUAGACAAAAAAUCCUGAGUGUAACCAAAGGAAAGCAGUGUUGUUUUUCUUGUAUUCUGAACUCUAGAAUUAACAGCUUUUGUAUUUUGUCAGCUAGUUACCAGCUGAAACCGCAACAUAAAAAAAAAGGCAUUUCUUGCAAAACAACUAUUGGAUUCAAAGCUUGUUGUGUUUAACUUAUGUUUCUGCCACUUUGAAUGUAUUGACAGUGUUCCUGCUUCCACACCAAGAUUUGAUUGAGAGGUUACUCAGACGUGUCAGACUAGCAACUGCACAUUUGCCUCACUAUUGAUUCCAGCCCAUAGAUCCACCAACUUGCCUCAGAAUCCAACUCAAAGCUUAGCUAUACCAUCUAUGUAGCUGAGUUAGAUUUUAAAAAACACUAGGAUAUGACAGAAUGGAUUGUGGCUGCAUAUAAAUACUUUUCAUGCUCCAGGUAACCCAAAGUAUUGCAGUGAGUAUACACUGACUCAGCAGACACUCUGACCUUAGCAACAGUCUGUAAUGUCCAAAUCCAUUAUGUUGGAAGAGAACAUCACUUGUCCCCUACUCUCUGCAAACAGUGUCAUGGAAUCCAACUUUCAAAAAGACAAACCACCAAAGGCAUCUCCCUAUAACAUUUCAAUGGAAGGAUUUCACUUCCAACAGUGCAGUGCUUCCGGACUACCACCAUCUCCAGCGUGGAUAGCCUGGGGUGGGUCUUGAACCCACGAGCUGCUAACCCAGAAGUCAGAGUGCUACUACCCGAGCAGUCUGUGGUGGAUACCGUCCUUUUUCAGAGCUGUUGCUGUGGGCCAGAGUAUAUUAUUUUCACUUAUAAGGAACUUGGUGACACAUUGUGAAAGCAGAUGAGAGACAAAAAUAGGUAUUGCUGUUGAGGAGAAAGGUACUGAAGCUAUCAGAUCUAAAUACAAUGGCUCAGGCUCAAAGAAUGGAACAAUAUACAGAUAAAGAGAGUUGUCAUUUUUGCAUCUUGCUAGUAGUAUACACUAACUCCAAUUAAGUUGCUAAACAAGAUGCAGAGGUGGUUUCCUUGUAUUGUUUUCCCAGCGCUUCAUCUGCUUAUCAUUGAACACACCAGUAGUGUAAGAUGUGAUGCCAACAAAUUUAUGGUAAUUAGUGGGUAAUUUUAACAAAACAAAACAAAAAACACACCCCACUUGCAGAUCAUGGCGUACCAUUUUUUUAGUGGCUAGCUGCUUCUCAUCACUUGCAGUUCUCUAACAGAGUCCAGGAUCUCUGUCCUCAUACACACACACAAGUUGUUUCACCUCUGGUGUUUCUCCAGCAUGCUCUCUGUGUGUGGGUGUGGGGGUGUGUGUGUGUGUAAAAGUUUCAUUUCUUCUUUGACUGAAAUAGUUCUGGAUCGGGGGAUUCAGUACCUCUGCUGUAUACAGCCUUGUGCUUUCACUCACACACGAAAGUACACCAAUAGCAGUAGGCAUACCCUGGCCUGACGUUUUGCUAACAGAAUGGGCUACCUCGGUUUUACAUUUCAUUUUUUUUUAAAUGCAUGAUUUUAGGCAUCCAACUAAAAUUUGACUGCACUUAAGUCUUACUGAAAUUUUACCCUGUAACCUGCCCCAUGAAAAGGUUCUUAGUAAAUGGGAAAAAGUGUAUGUGUAAGGAUAUAUAUAUAAAAUCAAAAUAGUAAGCUUUUUAUAGCCCCCUCCCCUCAUUCUCUGUCUGGAGUAAUUGAUAGCAGUAGUAGGUUGUCAUCCUCUUUGUGGACCAGCACUUGAGGGGGAUAGACACAAGGGAUUUCACAGCUCUUUGUUGGCAGUAGAGAAAGGGUGAGACUCAGGAACUUUGGGUUCCAUUCCAGAUUCUGGUGGGGAGUGGUCUCUCAUAGGCACAGGCUUCUCCCCAUUCCAUCAAGUGUGACCCCUUCUGCUAGGAGGGGGGUCACAGUUGGAUCAGCUCCACCCCUCUAAACUGUCUUGUCUCUUCCACACCCCUGGCUCCUUGUCCUAGUCUCCUUGCCAAGCCAGUCCCAGUUCCUCCCUUCCUUCUCCCCUUCCCUGGCUUCCAGUCCGUGUCUCCCUUCCUGGGUUCAGCAUCUAAUCUGUCUCCCACCGCCUCCUGGCUUUUUGUCCUGGCAGUCCCUGUUCUCCCCCCACACUCCAGUGCCUUGUCCAAUCUUUCUUCCCUCUCUCACGACUUCCUAGGUCCAGUCUCCUUGUCCAAACAGUCCCAGUCUUUCCCCCACCUCCUCCUCAGAUCUCAGUGUUUCUACCCAUGACCUAGCCAACUGCCUCACGGUUCCUUUCUCUCCUCCUGUCCACCCCAUUUCCCUCACCAGGGCUUAGUGUCCUUGCCCAACCAGUCCCAGUGCUCCCCCUCCCCAAACUCGCAGUCAGCUUGUCUCCCCUUCUGCAGUCCCAAUCUCCUUUUCCUAGUCUGCUGUUUGUCCCCUCUGCUUUCAAAUCAGGCAUCUAUCUCGCCUCCCACCACUGCCUGGGCACAGACCGGGAGGAGGGGAGUGUCACAGGCUCCCUGCUCUUUAAAGCAGCUGCCCAUCCUGACCCCCAACCUGGAGGAUUAAUUAGAGGGAAAAUUCAGCUUUGAUGCUGUAGACCUGAGCAAGCUCAGUUCUGUGGGGAUGGCUCAGAUGCCAUCUGAUCAGCAAUAGGAGCCGUGAGAGGCUGGAGGAUGCUCAGUGUGCAUGGAAUCUUUAAUGUUAAUAGUAAAAAUCUCCGAAGUCUGAACAUGUGAACUGUGAUUUUUCAAAGGCUUAGAACUAGGCUGGGAUGGAAUAGAUGUAAUUGGUAAACAUUCGUUUUACUGUGUAUACACCAAACAAACAAUACUGAUGAUCAUUGAAAUGUACAGAUAAAUACCAUUCUCUUUCUUUGCCUGAGAACACAGUUUUGCUUUUUAUAUGUUGACAAUUUGUGUUUUAACAGUUAAAGCUUCAGCUUUUGGAUUCUCAACAUCUACUGUCAAUUGUGGAAAAUGGGAGGAGGUCAGAUCACAACAGUGAACAUUUAUAUCUAUAAAAUCUAGAAAUUAACUGAUAUAACCCAUCCACACUAUGAAAAAAAAUAAAAAUUGAAUUCUGCCAAGCCUUAUGCCUUGGCUACAUUUGGAUGGAUUUUCACAGGGAUAGCAAAAGGGACAUCCUUGACACCAGCCACCUCCUUGUACAUUUCAAGUCCCUGCCCUAAAGCAUGGCCACUAGAACUUUUCAAAGAAAAAAAUCUCAGCAAUUUAACAUGUGCAAAACCAACAUUUUUCCUAGCCUCAUUCUCAGAAAUACCUGAACCCUUUUGGGUGAAAUUUUCCAGAAAUAUUCAGCCUGAGACACCUACCUCAGAUGGAACAUUUUAGCCCAAACGGUUAAGGUUUGAUAAAGGUAAAAGCAAUUAAAAACAGUGUCUUAUAUUAGAAAGUGCCAGGCAACCUUAAGAGAUAGUGCUACUAGCUCCUGCUAUUCUGAAACAAUUUGGAAUACUAAACAGUUGGUUCCCAGUUUAAAUUCAUUUUUACUGUAAAAAAUGAAGUAAUUGAAAAGGCCACACCUAGUAUGUGAGAGCAGGUAGUCUCAGUUGGGUCACUUUUUCCUCUCCCCAGGUUGCUUUAUUGUUCUUUUUCUCCCUGAAUGUCUCCCUUAUCUCACUUAUAAGGGCAUGAAGAUUUGUGUGCACGUUUAUUUUAGUGAUGAGGUCUCACUUGUAUACCAUUGUCAGCUGGGGCACAAUUGCAUCAAGAGAGACACCCAUCCAAUCAGUCAGAGUGUGCUUUUGGACAAUCAGGAUCUGCAGCCAUCUUCUAAACUCUUAAUGCCAUUAUUUGCAGUAUUAAUAGUGCCAUCUUUGUAACAAUGAGAGGAAAAUCACUCAACAUAUUAUACCUGUCAGAAUACACUUGGUCUUUGCUGUCCUUGUGACUAUGACAGUAUAAAACCCUGGUUGUGGCAGUGUGAGGGAAGAUUCCUUUCCCCCCCCUAUACAGGGUAUGUGAAAAGGACCAUUAGAAACCUUGUAAAGAUUAAAGGCAAAUAUUUAAUGCUACAUUACUACGGGUCAGAUCCUGCAACGGCCAAGCGGUUUUGCCCAAAGCAGCAAACCCAUUGAAUUUUAGGGAUCAGGAUUAUGUAGGGCACCCACUCUUUUGGCCCUGUGCCACUUCCUCUAGCUCCGAGAGUGCAGCGGCAGUUUUUUCUGGGCAGCCAUAAGCAAAGACAAUGAAUCACACCUCCCGCAUCCCCCCCACACACAAAAUUAUACAUGGAUACAUGCGUACCUCAUCCUGGAUCGAUCCCUGCUGACACAGAUACGUUACAAAGAUGUCUGCCCACCGAUAUCCCCAGAUUCAGUCCACAUCAGACCUUCUUGCCAUUAUGGCCACACAUUUGAGAAGCAGAGGGGUAAGUUAGGAGUUAGCACAUAGCGCAGAGGGUAGAUGUACAGGUUUGGUCUUGGAGUGUUUCUUCGUGCACCAACUGUGGGUAUGCAAAACCCCACAAUGCACCACAUGGGCCAGCGUGGGAUUGGUCUCUCAAUAAAGGGGCAUAGUUAGAUCCAAGUUCUAAGCCUUCCAGGGUUGCCAACUUCAGGGUGCACUUAGGUCACAUUUUCAUGCUUUUUUGUGCAAUCAUGUGGGUUAUAAAUAUUUUUGGAAGUGAAAUUUCAUUCUCUUGUGUAGCUACCUGGCUCAGGGACUUUAUGACAUAUUAGGAGAUUUUCAAGACUUAGAAAACUUGAUGCAGCACAGUUUUGCCAGGAGGCACCAGGUUACAGAUUUUGAUCAUACAAAAUGGUGCAGAAGGAAGUCAGUAACGUCAGUGUGAAUAAUGCGGCACUAAACAGAAACUCAUCUGUGUCAAAAUUAUCUGGUGCCAAAACUUGUAGCUGAGCAACUCAGUAAUGUUAUUGGAGCAAAGUAACACUAGUACAAUCUUAUUGAAUCUGGAGUCUCAAAAAACAGAGGCUUCCCCUAUCUCUUAUGUUCCAAUCAAUUUUUAUUUCAACUAUAAACCUUCAAGCCCCUGAAGACAUUUCUAACAAACAUUUUUGGAUAAAAGAACAGUUGGCCUGGUUAAUUAAAUAGCUGACAUACUAACUGCAUAUUAAAAUUCUUGAGACAGAGUAAUGCCAAAAAAAGUAUUUAAGUGGUGAAUCACAUCAGUUAUUUGAGUGAUGGUAUUUUUAAUACAGUAAUAGUUCAAAUCACUUGAAUCCAUGUUUUAGGGAAGGUAUAAUUUUAGCUCCAGUUCUGAAGAUAUAAGAAGUUGCUACAUAAAAAAUGAACAGCAUUAGCAAUUGUGUUCUCCUCUCCACUUAUAGCCCAAGAUGGCUUAUAGGUCCAUAGUAACUUGUUACCAUCCCAAAAUUAAAUGUUGCUUUCUUCUUUCUAUAUAUCCAUUGCAUUGAAAUUCAAGUUAAUCUUUAUCCUUUAGCUUUUUAAAAACAGCAGUUACUCCUUUUUAUAGCACUAGUUAAACAAUUAAGGUGCAAUUAGAAGAACUAAUAAUCUUCAUGCUUUAGGAUAUAACCAGUGGUAGACAAUUUUUGCAAUAUCUAGAUCUUCAUUGGCAACACCCCAGCAUUUGAAGGUUGCACCUAAUUAGUGGUGCCUGCUAGUGGCCACUCUACUUAAAAUUAGUUUCCAUUAUAUUACAGAGCUCCAAGGAACAGUCUUCAACUAUUCGAGCUAAAAGAUCAGCCCUAAGAGGUCUCAAGUUCUUUCUAUGCUGCAAACGGCUGAUGGAAGAUGACAUUUUCUGCCACUUGAAUACGCAAGCACACAGAUCCUGAAUCAGUGGGAACAAAGGGGGAUCUCUAGCCACCCACAACAAAAACUGCCACAUAUUACAACCUAUUUUCUUCAAAUGAAAACAUUAUGCAAUUUAAGGGGGCACAAUGCUGAAGAAUCUGAAGUGGUAGUACAGCAGCCAGCCAGUUCUAAACAUGGGGAAAGACAAAUAAGCAUGAAAUACGAAAUUCAAAUUAGGCUAUUUUUUUUUAAAUAACCUGUAUCUCAACAAUACUUUGAUGGAUUUUUCUUCCAUUUUUGCCUUCAGGUUAAAUCUGAUCAUUUCCAAUAUCCCAAAUCAAUUCUCCAGGCGAGCAAUCUAUUGCAGCUAAAACUGAACUUUACAUUAGAAGAUUGUUGCAACCUCAACUAUUGAGAGUCUGUUAUCUCCCCAUAAUUUCACUUUAUGAUGUCAAUGCACUGAAGAAAUAUUAAGUAACUAACCCUCACUGCCUCCCUUUGAGGUAGGUCGGUAUCAUCUCCGUUUUACAGUUGAGUGAAAAAGCACAGAAAAAAGGAAAGUUUAAUGACCAACAUUUUCAAAAGCUUGGACAGCAGCAAAUAGUCAGUUGGGUACUAUCCAAGAGGCUGAAAGAUGGUGACUGGUCCACACCCAAGCUAACUGAGCAGCCAAUGGCUUGAGCUUAGGCACCCAGUUAGGUGUCCCCGUGAACUCCUGAAAAUGCUAAAGGUCUGCACCAGGUGCUCAAAAAUUAAUUGUACUAAGAGAAUGGACUAUGCCAGGAGGUGCAACAAAAGCUAUUUAAAUAGCAGCCCUGAUGGAUUGCUUGCAGUCUGUGCGCCCUUAAACCAUGAUGGUGCACAGAGCAAUAACCCACAGAUACACUGGAGAGAGAGAGAGAGAGAGAGAAUGAAUGAACACAGGAUUAGUGAGGGUUUAUAGAAUUAAUACAGGGGCUACAUAAGGCUGGGAAGAGAUGGAAAGGGCUGUGGCUGACGUACUCAACUUUUGGGAGACAGCAGGACAGCACUGUGGAGAGGCCGCAGUAUCGCACCUAACCAAGUUCCAUGUGUACAUCAUGAGGCAUGGUGGAUUUAAACUAUUAUACAUUUUAAAAAAUAUAUAUUCUUUCAAAUGAAACCUGUUUUCAAUACAAAAUGGGUUAAGGCCUACUCUACUUGUAAUCUCUGAAGACAUUUAAAU